GCCCACAUCGCUUUAACCCCACCGUUUCUAUCUCCUUUCAGUGUCCAGAGUGUAAAAUGAAUAGUCAUUGUUAAAUUUUGCAUUGCCAAAAACUUUUAAAGAUAGUACUAAUGUUGGUGCUAUUUUUAAAGAUUUCCUUCUUGCUUAUUAAACGAAAAUAAACUAUCUUGUAACUGACAGUAGUAGCGUGUUUGUGAAUUACUUUUUAAGACAAAAAAAAAAUAUACAGCUGAAAUAUUUCUUAAAAGCAAUUGAAUCAUAUAACAUUAAAUAGUUCAAUUGCGAUGACCUCGUCAUUAAAAAAUACCAAGUUAAUUUUUACAAACAAUUAUGUCAUUAUUUUCUUAUAUAUAUUUGAACAUAAACAAUUAUUUCAUGGGUGUUUUGUUAAACCUUAUGUCGGGGAAUAGUUGAAGUGGAGUAAAAUCUUAAUUGUUACAGUGUGGUGGAAAUAAACGAUACAAACCCUGUAAUAUUAUUUGGUCACGCAUAACUGCGUUGCAGAUAUUCAACUUGACGUUUCGUGAUCUGGUAAACCAUCGCACGCAUGCGUAGAAGUGUGUUUUGAUGCAGCAGAAGUAGAAUAAACAUUGCAAUUACAUUUUCAAUGUAAAUAUAUAUUGACAAUGCUACUGAGUCGGAAACUGAAGACUUUCUAUAUACUGACUUUCACUGGAAUGGUUUUGAUGACAGUAUCUUUCGUCAGUCCGGGAUGGGUGAAUUGUAAGUUGAGUAACAUAAAAAGUCUCAUGGUCUACAGUGAACGACUUGGAUACCCAAAAGAAGCACGCUUGUCAGCAGGACUGUGGUAUUUUACUUUAUGUAUUCAAAGAUUAAAUUGGACUUGAUCAUUGAAAAAGGAAGAAUGUCACUGGGCUGCACAACCCUUUAACAUUGAGGCACCGUUCUCAAAUGAACUUUUAGAUCCAACGUAUAAUAAGGUCAGAGGACUGCCUAGAAAAUUCUGCUGGAAAUCCAGAUAAUGUCCUCCUUUGGACUUUUCUGUGCAGUGCUUGGCUUCAUGGGAACCAUUGUAUACACACGAACUCUAACGAAAUCCAGAUGGGCUCAGGUGGAACUUUCGCAACGAUAGUGAAGACAGCGAUUGCAACUCACAUUAACAAACAUGUUUUUUGGGACUACAUAGGGUGGGAUAUAGUCGAAACUUAUUGUCCAUGUGGUCUUGUUCUUGGAGGAAUUGGAAACCUAUUAAUCCUUGUCUCAGCUCUUGGUCACUUGUUUAUCCUGUCCAGAAACAGAAGUGAGGACAUGUGUUCACUAUCCCCAAGGGAACAAACCUAGGAAUCCUAUUGCAUCAUUCCCCAACAACCACAGCACCGCCGGGAUACCACGCGAGAGUUAAAGGUGCCACUAGUUGGUAGUAUGGAGAAAAAAUGAGGAGGCAGCUUUCUUUCAUAUACUAGUACAACAUCUUACGCAUGCGUAGCAAUUUGUUUUGAUGCACCUAAAGAAAAAAAGAGAAUCACAAUAACAAAGGUGGAUAUAUUCGCUCGACCAUUAACAAUGUUGCUGAGUCGGAAGUUGAAGAUAUUUUCGAUACUGACUUUCGCUGGAGUGGUUUUUAUGACAAUAUCUUUCGUCAGUCCGGGAUGGUUGAAUUGUAAAGUGAGUUUUAUAGAGCCUUUCAUCCAGCUUGACUCAUCAGUAUAUUUUGACGGAUACCCUACUGGAGCUCAUCUGUCAGCAGGACUGUGGUAUUUCAGCUUAUGCAUUGAUAAAAUAAGUCCACCUGGAUCAAUGGAAGAAGAGAAAUGUCACUUGUCAGCAUACCCCUUUAACUUUGAAAGACUGUUUUCACAUCUAGUUUUAGAUCCAUCGUAUCAUCAAGUCAGAGGACCGACUAGAAACAUUAUGCUGGAAAUCCAGAUAAUGUCCUCGAUUGGAAUUUUCUGUGCAGUUCUUGGCUUCAUUGGGGCCAUUGUAUACACACGGACUUUAACGAAAUCCAGAUAUGCUGGAUUGUUGUCCUGCAUCAGUCUCUCCAUCUCGGGUGGGACAUAUAUCGCAGCAAUAGUGAAGACAGCAAUUGCAACUCAUGUUUACAAAGACAUUGUAAGGAAGUACAGUGUUUGGAGGUAUGAUAAUUUUCAAUUAUAUUGUCCAUGGGGUCUCCUUCUUGGAGGAAUUGGAUGCUUCUUAAUCCUUGUCUCAGCUCUUGGUCACCUGUGUAUCCUGUCCAGAAACAGAACAACUGACGACAUACACGUGUACCAUAUCCACAAAGGAACGAACCAAGGAAUCAUCUCGCAGCAUUCUUACACGACCAUAGCGCCACCAGGAUACCACGCGACUGUUGGGUUAAAGGUGCCACUUGUUGGCAGUAUGGAGAAAAAUGAGGAGGCGAGCUUUGUUUCAUACAAAUGAAAAAUGUAUUGCCAUGAACUUUCAAAGUAGCUUUAUCUUGAAACUGCUGAAAUAUGUUUUGUCUAUUGUUUUGAAACUUUUCAAUUCAUGUGCCUUUUCAGAUACCUGUAUAUAAGCGAACACAUUAUCAAAUUUUCCGAAUAUUUGCUAUCUUUUUUGUUUUAGUCUGGAUAAUUUUUUAAUAAAUUCAUUAUUUAUAUUAAGUAAACAUAAGAUAUACUAAUUUCAUAUACUUUUAAUUAUAUCUUGCAAACAAAACAUUAAUAUGUUAACGAUGUAUUUUAAAAUUUUAAUGAAAUAUCACUUUC